AUGUUGCUGUUGCUGCUGCUGCGACUGUUUCUCCUGUCAGUUGGCUGCUGCUUGCCUGGAGAACAGGAGGGAGCACAGAACAAGAGAGAGGCAGAGGGGGACAGUGAGAAAGAGGCUGGAGGGAUGCUGGAGGCUCAUGUGGCUAACAUUAGCAUGACUGCUAAGCCCAGAGAGCUGGACCUAAGGUCUGCAGCUGUCUCCUGCCAGGAUACGUCAGCUCAGGCCAUGGCCUCAAGAAAACCACAGACCAAGCCUUCCGGUCUUCCGCAGGGUCCUCCGCGUUCCUCAGGGUCUGAGCUCAAGGUGUACCGGCCAAGCGCUGGAUCUAUCCCCAUUCCGGUUCCUAAUCCGUCCAGGCUCCGUAAACAGCGCUCACUUAGCAACCUGUGUGUGCUCACAGAUUCUGAGAAGAAGCUGCACCUGUACCAGUCUCCCAAAUGGAAUGAUGACACGAGUCGGCCCGGCUCAGGGUCCAACAGAGCGGGCCAGACCAAAAUAAGUCAAGCAGGUGGUGGGAAACUCCCACUCUCCCGGACACUUUCAAAGUCAGAACAGUCACUUUUCCAAGGGAAGCCCAAAUCGUUUUGUUCUCCGGCUGUGACACCAAACGCGGGCAAGCCAAGUCGAAUCCCCGGGCCUGGUAAACCAAGAGGACCUUACGCUGAGGUUAAACCUAUCAGCAAGACCUCUGAGGCCGGCCAAAGUGCAGAUACAGACCCCACAGAGCAGCCUUCUAAAGCCAACUCCAAUGGAACCGGGAGUACUGGAACCACCGGCAAGAAAUCAGGAGAGAAGGUGAAACUUGGAGCUCAGUCAACCGAUGAAAAGAAGGACAGGAAAGGGACAGAAGGAGAAGAAGAUAAGGGCUUUCUAAAGGUGGACCCGGAGUUAGUUGUGACGGUUCUGGGAGAUCUGGAGCAGCUUCUCUUCAGUCAAAUGCUUGCCUGCAUCAUGCAGCACAGCCCCAAAUCACUGCAGGGACGACCUUGCCUUGCAGUCCUGCGUUUGGACUAUACUGUACAUGCUGUUUUGUGUGCGAGGGACCCAGAAUCCCAGAGAAAAAGAACCGUGCAAAAUGUUCUGGACCUUCGACAGAACCUGGAGGAAACCAUGACGAGCCUGAGAGGGGUUCAACUCAGCCACAGCUGUGUGGAGGGUACCAUGUGCUACGACAGCGACGAAGCUGCUGCCUUCUCAAUCUCUACUCUCUCGAAUCGCUCCUCUCCGCUGUCAUGGCGUCAGGGUCAGGCCAGUCCCCGGCUGCAGGCCGGUGAGGCCCCGUCCACGGGGAACGCCCCGUCUGAAGUUCCCCGCCGGCUCAGCCACACGUCACGUAUUCAUCUCAUCGAAGACCUGGUUGACUCCGAUCCAUCCCUCCUAAAAGCAGAUUACCUCAGCGACAGUGACCUCGGUGGCAAAAGCCCAAAUGUUGACGAUGAAGACGAUGAUGAUAUUGAUGAUUUGGGAAAUGGGAUAAUUGCACAGUCCUUGACCCCGUUGGGAAUAUGA